AUGUCCAUUGGCCCCAGUCGCGUCCUCAUGGGCCGCCCACAAAAGCUUAGCCAAGACUCGAUUUCUCCUUGCGCUUUAGCUUCUUCGCAGACACAGUCAGCCGAUGCCCAAGCUGCAGUUGGAGGCGAUACCGAACACGUCUCCAGUAAGCUGCUUUGUCCCCAAAUGAUUUUCCUUGGUGGAAGUUGA